AGAUUAUUCUUGUCUAUAAUAGCCUAAUCUUUAUGGUUACUUUUUAUCUAAAUCUGAUGAAGUGUCGAGAUUACAGGAAUUAUCGACCUCAGGUUAUCUGUGCUAGAAGGAAUUUCUCCGGACAAUAAAGACACAGGUGGACAUUGAUGUGAAAUAUACAUACCAGUUAUAUAUAUAUACAUAUGCAUAUAGUUUGUCCGAGUGAUGGAUGCCCAAGACCGAUCAAAUAGACGAAUGUGACAGGAAAUCUAGACACUUGUGAAGAGAUUUUAAGCUUUUCUACUUGUGUUGUCAUCUCAUACCAUAUGGAUGGUUAAUUUGGAGGGAAAACUGGUUUACUUUGGUGACGCAGUCAUGCUUCACCAGAGGAAAUUGGAAGUUACAUAAAAUCUUUAAGUUUCUGGAAGCAGCCAUGUGGUAGCUGUUUGUCUGUGUUGAAAAAAGUGGGUUUUUUUUGCUCUAAACGAUUGCCAACAAUUUUUUUUUUGGUUUCACCUAACUAUACCAGUAUAACAUAAAAUACCUGUUCCGAUCCCUGGAGUCAUAUGAUAAAUAUUCUGACAAAAAUAAGGAGUACGGCCAGGAAGUGCAGAGUCAUUAACCAAUUGUAUAACAUUCAAUCAAGACGGGAGGAAUUGUGUAUUUACAUGAUUGGAAUUUACACUGAUGAAGUGUCCAAGUGAUUGUGGUGGUGGUUACAUGGUACCAAAAGUCAUGUGCAGCAUCUGUAUAGAGGAAUACUCAGGCUACAAUGGAGGUUAUGGACCUGCCACGGUGAGAAUGGUGUCCAAUAACGGUCCACCACUUCCCAUGCCCAUGCAGGUGCCACCAGGUCACAUGGUCCAACAGAUAGUGGACGAGCAUGGCAUUCUGACUCAUGUCAUUCUAUCGCCCCAGCCCACAUCUAUGCCAGUUGGCGGACCCUCUAUGACGGUAGGAUACUAUGGAGGACCAAACAAUACACCGCCACAUGCACAGUAUUAUCCAAACUAUGGGCCCCCCUACCCAACUCAUCAUUACCCCUCCCAUCACCACCCCACACAUCAUGGGGCUUCCCCCCAUGUCCACACAGGGGCACCCACACACCCUCAUGGGACGCCUCCACCCCCCAGUUGUAACAGUAAUCCCAGUGGACCAGUACAUCCAGGACCAAGUCAACCAAAUUCUAUGGAGGGGCGGGCCAAUAAACAGAGGGAGAGAGUGAAGAGGAAAUUUGAAGACAGGAGGAGUCAGGGAAUGUAUCAACAGCAAACAAGACCCAGGAUCAAUGGGAAACAGAAAGAAAGCCAUGCCAAACCAAUGCCCUAUGAACCGUACCAUUAUCAAGGUAAUGGUAUGAAUGGAGACAGUUUGCCUCCUGUGGAUACAGGCCAGCAGGCAGAAUUAGCAGAGGAGAGAAAAGUCAUACAACAAGUGUUGUCUAGUACCCCAGACCCAACAGUGUCGGAAAUCGAGGCUAGAAGUGCUUUGAUUCAGUUAGCACUUCCGGAAUGGGACCCUAAUGUGUAUGAAAUAGAUCCUGCAGAUUUCCGAUUUACCUUACUACUGUCUGAUAAAGGAAAGGAAGGCAAAUACAAAUUAGUUUACAGCGGGGAUGCCACAGAAAUAACGUUGAAGGAUCUGAAACCAGCCACUGACUAUCACCUCAGAGUGUAUACGUCUUUGGAGGAUCUGAAGGGAAACACAACAGAGUCGGUGAAAUUUACAACCAGUGCCUGUGAGCCAGAUCCCCCCUCACCCCCCAAACUAGCCAACAAGAACAAAACCUCCAUAGCUCUCAAGUGGAAUAGCACCUGUGAAAAUGGGGCGAAGAUUUCCACGUAUACAUUGGAAAUGGAUAAGGGAAAUGGUGAAUUUGUGGAGGUGUAUAAUGGACUACAAAGACAGACUCGCAUCAAUAAGCUGCAGGCAUCCACUAAGUAUACGUUUAGACUGGCAGCCAUUAAUUCCAUUGGUAAAAGUGAGUUCAGUGAUCCCGCGUCUUUCUACACGAGUGGCAGUGUACCCAGUCAACCGGAUCCCCCUAUGUUAUCAGAGCCAUUCACCACAUCACUAAUCAUCUCCUGGAUCAAGCAUCCAAACGAGGACACCUUCCAGCUCCAGAUGGAAGAUGAAUCUACUGGGCAUGGUUUUAUUGCUGUGUACAAUGGACCAAAUUUAUCGUACAAAGUCAAAAACCUGAUGAGAAACACAGAGUAUAAAUUCAGACUGGCGGCCUUUAAUGAUGAGGGCCAGAGUAAAUGGAGUGAUGUGGUGACAUGCAGGACAAAACCUGACCGACCAGCCCCACCCCCAAAACCACAAAUCAAGGGCAAGAUUCAUGCCUACAACUUCAGGGUUGUCUGGGAGCCACCAAAAGACAAUGGAGGGGCUGAAAUAACCAAGUACAUCGUUGAAAUAGAUGAUGGACGGGGUUAUGAGACUCUAUAUGAGGGCUCUGAGAGAGAACAUGUCUGUGAUCGUCUAACUCCUGGUCAGAUGUACAUGGUCCGAGUCGCCUGCUGUAAUGUGGCUGGAAGGAGUGAGUUUUCUGAGCCAUGUGGUGCUACCACCCAAGCUGUUGUUCCAGGGCAAUGCCAAGCCCCAAAGCUACAGGGCAAGCCAAAAGCAACCUCUCUGCAUUUAAGAUGGGCAUGUCCAGAAUACGAUGGUGGUGCCGCAGUGUCAGAAUACGCUGUCCAGAUGGUGACCCCUGACAACACCUGUCGGGAAGUGUACAAGGGGAGAGACUUAGACUGUAUAGUGGCAGGUCUAUCACCAGGCAGGCCAUACCUGUUUCAAGUCAGAGCUUUCAAUAGAGUGGGGGGAGGUGGAUGGUCUGACCCGUUUGAGGUGGUCAGUGGUGCAGGUGUUCCUGACCCUCCCAAAGCCCCCCAGUUAGUUUGUAAAUCUGCAUAUUCCGCGCUAGUCUCUUGGGAACCCCCUGUUAAUAAUGGUGCUACGAUCACAGAGUAUCGCCUGGAAUGGCAGCAGAAAACAGAUGUCACAGAUUUUGCUUUGUUAUACACUGGUCCUAAUCAGAAUUAUGAAAUCAAAGGUCUCACCCCUGCAACCUUAUACCUCUUUAGGGUUCAGGCAAUCAAUAGUGCUGGUCACGGCCCCUACAGCCCUGUGGGGACGUGUGUGACCCCACCCUCUAGUCCGUCAUCUGUCACUGUCAUCCGUCACACUUCCACCGCCACGUCUAUUACUCUGUACUGGAAGGAGCCAAAUUCCAACGGCAGCGACAUCACUGCCUACAACCUUGAGGUGGGGGACAAACAGUUCACUAUAGGGGCGGUCACGGAGUACACCAUAGAGACCCUGUCACCAGAGACUGCCUACAAGAUAAGGAUACAAGCUGUGAACAGUAUCGGUGUGGGUCCGUUCAGUGCACCAGUCCGAGUGACCACUAGACCACUUCCUCCAAACCCUUCCAAACUGGAGUGUAUCGCUCCAGCACCAAACAGUCUCAAACUCAAGUGGGGUGACCAGCGGGGGUUAGAUACGAAUCACUACACGUUAGAAAUGGAGAAAGAAGAUGGAAACUUCCAAGUGAUAUAUGAAGGCUCCUCACAUUUCUUCAAGGUCAACAAACUACAGGAAACUACAAAUUACAACUUCAGAAUUUAUGCCAGUAAUGAUGUAGGAAGUGGACCAUAUUCAGAAAUUUACACAUUCACCACAACCAAAGCUCCUCCCCCGGCAGUGAGGGCUCCUCGUGUGUCCAGCAUCACUCAGCAUUCGUGUAGUGUGGAGUGGCCGGCGUGUAAAGCUGUACAGGGAGACUCUGUGGUGUACCUGUUACAGCUACAGGGGGAACAGGAAUAUCAAAAGAUAUACAGAGGAGAGGACACUGGUUUCCAGGUGGAAAACUUGUCUCCAAAAACAGACUAUCACCUCCGUGUUUGUGCAAUACGAAUCUGUGAAGAUGGGACCGAAGUAGUGGGGGCGUUCAGUCCGGCAGUGACCUUCACAACUCAAGGUCAUGAGCUGGUCAGUAAACAAGAAACAGACAUUAAACAAGAAUCUAAGUUAGUAGAGCCUAAACAGUUAACUGACCAGCAGUGGGCCAUGAUCAUCCUAAUGGGCUUCGUUGUGUUUGCUGUGCUUGUCGCUUUCGUUGCUCAGCAAAUCAUCAAAUACAGAUCGAGUCAGGCCACAAGAUGAGAAUUAAGGUUCCAGGACCAGAGUUGAUAACACGGGGGAAAUUUUCCAUGGAUUUAAUCGUGAUUUGACUGCAUAUCGCUUCCGGAGAGUGCCACAGAUCUGCUUCAGUGGAAUGUGUUCCAUGCAAUAUUAUGAUAUAGAUCUGAUUCAACAAGGCUAGCAGGUGGCUAGCAGAGGAUGAAGGGUUGAUGUGCAGCAGUUUGUUAUCCAUGUAGAUGUUUCAUGUGAUAUUUUUUUUUUCUGUUCAAAGUCAUGACAUUUUACUUAGGAAGAUGUUUGUGUCUUACAGCAUUUACAUGUGAAUUUAAAAAUUUUAAUUGUAAAAAAAUCUAUCUAUAGAUGUUGCUUGUAAAAUCUGUGAGUGUGCUUGACAUCCUUGCAGAUUAUGAUGAAGUGUUUGGUUCCAUUUGGAUCCACAUUCACAGCUUAAUCUCUCCUAAUCAGUUGUGUUGUCUCCAGGUUUUAUUCAUUGAAAAUAAUCAGAAAAUCUUAUUUUUGAAGAUUGGUACAUUUUUUCUCCAAUGUUUUAUUGCAGAUUAGAAUGUUGUGUACAUAUUAUAUAUGUAUAAAGAUAUAUUUUUCACAGCUUCCAUGACUUUGUGUUAGAUGACCAAUGUUAAACUAUGUGGAAACACUGCUUCUCAUCUUACUUAUUUAUUGUUAUUGCCAAAAUCACUAUGGAGAGGGGAACUUCAUUUUUUUUUGUCCUCAUUGGGAAAAUUUUAAUAUCAAGUCUUAAUAUCUCUGUAUUAAGAAUCGUACAUGAGCUGGAGUAGAUUGAUGCUCCAUUUGUGAAUUAUUUUUAUGUAUUUUUUGUAUCAUCUUUAUUUUUUUUUUCCUUCUGAUUAUGGGCCCCUCAAACAUUUCCCCCUCCCCAUCAUUCAUCAAGGUGAAAGACAUUUUACCCCCAUUCAGGUGUCAUCACAAAAAAAUCACAAUACAGGCCUGACCAAUAAUAUCUAAUGACUCCAAUAAAUUAAAUGGUAUUUAUUGUAUAUUAAAUAUGGGACAUGAUAUAUGUUAAGUGUUCCAUGUUUUUUUCAAACCUAGAGCUAGGAAUGCUUGUCGUUUCUUUGUUCCUCUGCCCCUGGUCUGCAUUAUUCAGCCUAUAGUAAUGGUUGUGGCUGUUACAUUUGUUAACACAGCUUCAAUAUCAAUGUGCCAAAUAGUUAUAUGUGUAACCUGUACCAAUUCAAUGCAUUUUUUUGUGUGUGUUUUUCUGAAUUUUCACAAAUCUUGGGCAUGUAUUUAAGAUGAAGUAUGUCAAAAACGGAUUGUAUUUGACAAGUCGUUUGUCUAUUUUGUCAAAAGACUUGAUUAAAUUUGAAUUUUAAGUAAUCAUAAAAUCCACUGCAGUCCAGAUAAAACAUUGAUGUUUGUCAAUAGUUAUGACCAGAAAGUUGAUGAAAACAUUAUUUGGACCCCCCACCCCCCGGGGACUGAUACUGAUGUUAGACAGGCUUUCUGAUCUACCUGUUGACUUUUCAAACUGUGUAACUUAUAUACAUAUAUAUAUUAUAUUUAAUUGCACUGUGCACUAGUUACUGGUACUAUUUUAUUUGUUAUAAAACCCUUCACUAGUCAGAUGUUGCUGUGUUACGUUCUAUGUCAUGUACAUGCAUUUUUUUCUUCGUUAAUUAAGCAAUCAAAUGACCAGUCCUAAAAUGGCCACAUUUACGAUUUUUUUUUUUCAAUUUAAUUCACAUACUGUCAUUUAACGUAAAUGACUGUGAAGUUUUAUUUAUUGAAGCAAUUUUAUGUAUGUGCAGUCAUAAAUUCAAAUAAACAAAACAAAGAAAAAUUGCAUAUAAUUUUUUCUGAAAAGGAAAAAGUUAUCAUCAGCUUGAUUCUUUACCUACCACUUAGACCCCCCCCCCCCCCCUCCUCCCACCCCUACCUCCAUCAUCAUGGAAAAUGUAAUCUUUUGUAUUGUGGAAUCAGGAUAAAUAUGUUCUCGUAUAAAUCUAUACCACUCUUUUUAGGAAAUAUUGGCAACAAAAAUACAGAAAACCUAAAGAAUGUACAGAAUACUUCAUGUUGUAAACCAAGAAAGAAAUCUGGAUUGUCCAUAUUGUCAAAAAGUAGAGAACAUUGAAAUAGAUAUCACUUAGUUAAAUAUCACAUACACUAUACACCAGUAGUAUAGGAAAUGCAUAUCUCCCUAGGCCAUGUUGAUAUCACUGUAGGACUUCAAGUGACCUUUGUUUUAGCCCAUAGUUCAAAGAAUUGUGAUGCAUUUAAAUGUUUUUAAACUACUAUUAUUAUGGUCAUUAGUUGAGGAGUGAUGGGUACUUAUUUCGUUUUCUUUCACAUUUGUUCAUAAAGGUUUUCCAUAUCAGAAAGAAAUUUAACUUUGGGGAGUGGGAUGUUUAAGAUGAUCAUUAUUUAAAAGCUUACAAUAGAACUGGAGGCUAGAUCAUAUUACACGCGGAGUUGCCGGCCUUGCCAUUUUGUCAUGUCACAUACGUAACCUGCUCGAAAAAUUGUUGAAUAAACUUUGUUAUUUCAUUGUUAUUUUUUGACUUUGCAAAUAUCUUAAGGUUGUAUUUUUUAUGAGCAUGACAAUAUUUUUUUUGUGUGUGUUCAGGAUGUUUUCCUCUUUGAAAGUGAUGUGUUAUUUCAGUUUCCAUUAAUUCAGGGUAUUGGUGAUUUUUUUUGUCCAACUCUACUGUCUCUUCAUUGUUUACAUUUCAAUCAAGAAAAACAAGGCAAUAAACAUUAAUAAACAUCGAUUCCAUAAAUGGAAUCAUUAAAUUAAAAGAAAUUGGUCAAAUUGUUGAUUUUUGAUACCUAUAUGUAGGCCAUUAUGGAUUUUAAAAUUUGGUUUUUGAGUAGAAAGUAAAUGGUGUCCAGAACUUCUUUUUGAUCACUGUUCCAACCUGCAAAUUUUCCAAAAUUACCUUGGCAUUAUUAUGUGGUCUUAAUUGUAAGAUACAGGUAUAUUGUUUAAAUUCUUUAAUAGUCCCUCACAUGAAAUUUCGGUUGAUAUAGAAGAACAUUAAAAAAAGAGAGAAAUUAAUAUUUAUGCAUUGAUUCAAAAUAUGACUGCACUUCAUAACAACACUAAGGGGGACCCAUUAGGACCUUACUUCUAGAUAUAUGUGUCCAAACUUUAGCCCACUUAUUACACAAUUUAAGAGCCCAGUUAUUUCACAGUUUUAAGAGUUGACCAAGAUAAAGUGUUUCUUUGUUAUAAGUUAUUGUUAUUUAUUCUAAUUCGAGAAUUUAAAAAAAAAAAAAAGAGAAUGGUGAAUAUUUUUUGGAAAUGGCCAGUAAGGCACAAGUGCAAUAUAAGUAACUUCUGAAGCAAAGUGGGUCUGGUCACUUUGUAUUGUGUAUAUAUAUAUAUAAAUGUAUUUGGUUGUCUUAUGAUAUUAAUUAUCUUACAUUAUUAUACUGUCAUAGUGCAUUCAUUUAUAGGCAUGUUGCCUUGUUGCUUUAAUCAUUACGAUAGGUUAGCAUGCAUUGUAUAGUACCAGGUAUCAUCACUUGUCACUUGAAGUUCUCACAAAGAAAGAAUGGGGAAUCAUUUAAUUUUUUUGGUUGAUUAGCAACUUCAUGAUGGUUUUUUUUUUGUUUCAAAAUAUAUUCAUGAUGUGAUGAUGGGACAUAAGUAAUUAUUAUAUAAAUAUAUAUAUAUACAUAUAAAAUAUAUUCUAUCAAAUAAAUUUAUCAAAUUAAA